AGACAAAGAAACAAACUGGUGCAAAGUGAAAAUGCUUAGUAGACGUGCUUUUCUGAGGACCCGUCUGGUUACCAAACUGAUACGCAUACCAGUUUUUGCACCAUGCACGCAUUUUUCCACGUCCUCACCUAGUUUAAGAGGCCCUACAAAAUAUAAGUCAAAAAGGAACAAAAUAGACCUCGAUCGUCGGAUUCAAACUCCAGAAGAGUUGUUUCAACAGGCUUCAAAUGUGGACGUUGAAAACUUGAGGAAAGAUGUCAAGGAAAGAACUGAAAUUAGAUACAUCAAGCCUAAUAAAUUCUGGAUAUCUAGAGUAUUUCCUGACUUGACAAUUCCGCCAUCAUUUAGUUACUACGAUGACCAUUCGAACAGAAACUACAUAAAGUAUCAGCUUGUCAAAAAGUUCGGUGAUAUCAACAAGAAGUUUUCUUGGAAAGACCUCCAGUAUACCGAAGUUGAUGUCGGUGAUGUUGUCGAUCUAUCAGGGAAUUUUGAAAAAGGAGACUUGGCAGUUGUCAUCGAGCUACCUUCCUCUCCAGACGAUCCUAGGUAUACUUUGGUCAACUCUUACGGAGAAAUACAGUUUGUCUCCAGAUCGAAGAUGGGGCUAAGGAUCCCGAAGGUUUUCCCAAAAGAAUGGCUUGAAAACAGCGUUUUUGAGGAAGAUUUGUUCUGGAAAGAUUUGGACACAGAAGAAAUUGUUCCCGUAGGGAAACCUAAGUACAAGCUGGAAGAUGUUGUGGACAGAAAUAAAAUCUUUGAAAGUGCUGUGUCUAGAUCUAUUUCUGGCGAGAAUGCGGUGAAAACAUAUAUCUUGCCAUCGAUCCUAUCGGGAAUAAUUUCCGAAAGCUUGACCGAAAUGGUGACAAAAGCCUGGCAAUUUUUGCCGGAUGCUAAUAUCAAACUGGAAGUCUUGCAUAACGUCUUGCAGAGUAAUGAAGCACCUAUUCAACUUUCUUUAUAUCAACUAUUCAAUGCGGUAGAACUGACAGAUUUGCAGGUUCUGAUCAAAGACUUCAAGUCGCAAAAACCAGAAGAUAUCAACAAAGGUUAUAAAAAGCUCUUCAGAUCCGUUGCUUCUACGCUUUCGAUUGGUAACCAAUAUGACUCGAUCACUUUAGGCAAAGAAAUUACCGGUAAUGUGAAUUUGGGACUAAAGGUUGACUCAACUAGAUUCUACGCCUUCAUUUUGAGUUUAAGAAAAAACAACCAGUUGUACUCUCAUGAUGCUUUCAGUAAGGCAAGUCCUUACGCCCUGGUAUUACCUUUGAACCGGAUUGUCAAAUUCAACAAAUUAGUACAAAGCUUCAAGCAAGAUGAAAAGCUUCAUGAACAACUUGCAGGAUACAUAACGUCAAAGCUAGAUCCUAACAUGAAAGAAAAGGCUAAAUCAAAAGAGAUUGUGUCUCAUUAUGAGGUCUUUAUUGAGCUACUCAAACUUUAUUGUGCUGGUUCAGUCCAAAAUAGUGUGUUGGAAUCGUUCGUUAUAAAGAUCAUGAGAAUGCUAGCCAACUAUAAAGACUUGGAUAUUACCAGUUCGAGUGUUUAUGACCUCUUGUUGAAUACAAAGGAAAUCACCAAUACAGAAGGGCCAACAAAAUGGUGGGAUAAUGCGAUGAUUCCAUAUAGUGGUGUCUCGGUGAAAUGUGACUAUGAGCAGACGUAUUAUGACUCGAUAAGCAAGGAUAAUUUGAAUGACUAUAUUGAUUUGAAUUUUGACAAUCAUACCAAGGAAAGGGCGCAAUUCGAUGACGUUAUUUACUGUAUUGAUUCGGAAAAUCCACUUGAGAUUGACGAUGGAGUUUCCAUCAAAAAGGCAAACGAAGACGAGUAUUUGGUAAGUACUUUUAUUGCAGAUCCAGCUUCCUUUUUGGAUCCUUCAUCUCUGGUUGCAAAAAUUGCUUUCGAAAGAGGUUUGACUUUAUACUUACCUGAUCUUGCUGGCAUUAAUGCUGUCAGUUUGUUGCCAACUGAGUUUGGGCAAGCCAUACAAUUGGGGGAUUACGAUAAAGAUACCAGAGUAUUGAAGAUCACAUUCAAAUAUAACAUCAGAUCAAAGCAAGUGAUAGAGUUGGAAGACAAAGAAGCUGUUACUUUUGGUUCAGCAAAAAAGUUUGUCAAGAUAGAUUACGCAUCUGUUAAUAAAAUCCUGGCUGAUGAUAAAGACUCUUCUGCCAUUUUAGAAUCCAAAUCACAAGAAGGCGUAUCUGCCCAAAAAAUUAAGCAAGACUUGAAAGAUCUGAGUGUUGUAUCCAAUCACUUGAAUAGAUCAGCAGCUGAAGGUGGUCGUGUGUCUUUGUUUGACCAAAUCAAUGUGAAAAAGGAAAUUGAAAACAUUUCCGAAAACGAAAACAAACAGAUUCUGUUGACUUUUAAAGAUGUUUAUAAUGAUGAUACGACUGCUAACGUUAUUGGAAGAGGUGCUAAGUCUGAGCAGUUGGUGUCAGAAAUCAUGGUUAUGGCUAACCAUUUAGCAGGAAAUUUCUGCGAAAAGAACAACAUACCUGCUAUUUUCAAGGUCCAGUUGCCGCUAGUGAUGUCGCCAGAAGUGACCAGAUUUUCCAACGAGAUCACUGCCAAGGCAGAUUCCAGCUUCAAAGAGUUAACUUUAUACCAAGAAUAUUUGACAAAAUCCACCAUCGCUCCUUUUGCUGCCAAACACGAAUUUUUGAAUAUUGAUAAUUAUGCUACAGUUACCUCACCUUUGAGAAGAUUCUGGGAUCUUGUGAACCACUGGCAGCUACAUUCGUAUAUAUGUACAGGGAGGCCAAGAUUCAAUGAAGAGCAAAUGAACUACAUCGCAUUACAGUUGAAGUAUAAGGAUGAGUUAAAUAGCAAAAUCUCUAACAAAGUUCUUGGAUUCUACACUUUCAAGGCGCUCAAGUUUUUGCAAGGACAACACACUGAGCAAGGGAAACUAAAAUUCAAAGUCAUAGUUACGAAAAAGCCUAGUGAAUCAGGUCUCAUUGAAGUUAUAAUGCUGGAUUACGGUGUGAGGUGUAUUUUAGAGACUAGUUGGUACGCAUUAAGUGACACCAAAACGGAAAUUGAAAAGAACAAGGUGCUGGCCAAAAACAUAGAGAUAGGGGAUACAAUUGAUGAUGCCACGAUAAAAGAUAUCGAUUUAUUGGAUGGGUCGAUCGUUUUAAGCAGCAAUUCUGUUUGAAUUGUUAACCUACAUGUAAAUAUAGAUGCAUGUUUCCGUGUAUACUUUUCAUUAACCUCUUGUACAUAUAUAGAAGUAUACAAAUCAAGCUACGUCAGUCAUACUCCAUUCGAUAAUCCACUUUCAGCCAUAUUACGUUAUCUUGAGCUUUGUGACAAGCUCUAUGUUGUGCCACAUCUUGUAUCGAAGUGUUCGGUACUUUCAUUAUGGCGUAUUGAUUAUUUCCGAAUGAUAGGUGUUCUUUGCUGAAGCGGUC